GUUUCGCCCAUGAACUGGGACAGAGGCACUGACGAGGGUUUUGGGCGGAGACUGAAAGCACCAGUUUGGUCAGUCGACUAGCUUUACGGAAGGAUUGUCACAGUCUCGGAUUCGGCUUUUGCAAUCUUUCAUCGCUCUGUGAGCGAGGUUGAGCGAGUGAAAGUGUUUUGAUUGCAGGGAAGCAGGAUGAGGCAUGAUGGUAUGAGGUGAAAAUGUGGGAAUUUGCGGGGGAGAAUUGUUUGAAGCUUCGUAAGUCGAGGGAUUGACGGAGAGAAUUCAAAAUGGGGAAGGUGACUACGGUGAAGAGGAAGCUGCGGUCUGGAGGAGUUGCGACUCCUGCUCCGCAAUCGGAUUCGGACUCGGAUGUUAAGGAUGAUCUGAAGCUUGACGAAGAGUCAGAGGAAGAAUCGCCUUCUAAUUCUGAUGCCGAGGAUGUUUCCGAUUCUGAUGUAUUUGUCUCGGAUGACGAGGAAGAAGAAGAUUCGGAUGCCGACGACGAAGUUGAGAAUGCCAUGCGGGCAUUGUUAACUGCCAACGGUGCUGGGAAUUCGGAGGAUUCUGAUGGAGAUGACAGUGAUUAUGUAUCAGGAGGCUCAGAUUCUGAAUUUGAUGACUCGGACGACGAAGGGGAUGAUUCAGGUUCAGAGGAAGAAGGUGCAGGUGCAGCAGACAAUAAUGUAGGUGGAAAGGUUGUCGAUUCUACAUUGGCGAAAGUGAGUGAAGAAAAUGCGGGUGAGGGUAAUGGAACUGGGGUCAAAGCUGUCGAGGAGAGUGACAGUGAAGAUGAUGGGGAGCUAAAUCCCCGCAACACAAUUGGAGAUGUUCCCUUGGAAUGGUAUAGAGAUGAAAAACAUAUAGGUUAUGAUAAAGAUGGAAAGAAAAUAACGAAGCAGGAGCGGAAGGAUCAAUUAGAUGCAUUCUUAUCACGCGCUGACGACUCUAAAGACUGGCGAAGGCUCUACGAUGAAUACAACGAUGAGGAGAUUAUUUUGACAAAGGACGAAAUCAAAAUGAUCAAUAAGCUACGGGAAGGGAGAACCCCACACGAGGGUGUCAACCCACAUGAGGAAUACACUGACUGGUUUGAAUGGGAGGAUAAAGGCCAUCCGUUGUCGAAUGCGCCAGAACCCAAGCGACGUUUCAUUCCAUCUAAGUGGGAAGCUAAGAAGGUUGUUAAACUGGUCCGGGCUUUAAGGAAGGGCUGGAUCUCGUUGGAGAAACCCAAGGAGAAGCCUAAGUACUAUAUGCUAUGGGGAGAUGACCUUCAAACUGCGGAGAGAACUGCAAAUGGAUUAGCUUACAUUCCUGCUCCGAAGCCCAAAUUACCUGGACACGAGGAGUCUUACAAUCCCCCUGAAGAAUAUAUCCCAACACAAGAAGAGAUCAAUGCCUACCAACUCAUGUAUGAAGAAGAUCGACCCAAGUACAUCCCGAAACAGUUUGACUCACUUCGGCAAGUCCCAGCGUAUUCCGAUUACAUCAAAGAGAGAUUUGAACGUUGUUUGGAUUUGUACUUGUGUCCACGUUCAAGAAAGAAAAGGAUCAAUAUCGAUCCGGAAUCUCUCGUUCCCAAACUGCCCAAACCCAAGGAUCUUCAACCUUUCCCGACGACGUGUUAUUUGGAGUUCCGUGGUCAUACCGGCAUUGUUUGUACUCUUGCAACAUCUCCAUCUGGAGAGUGGCUCGCUUCAGGUUCACAAGAUGGUAGUGUUCGCAUAUGGGAGGUACAGACUGGGCGGUGUCGGAAAAUUUGGGAAAUGGGUUCAGCCGUCAAACAGAUUGCAUGGAAUCCAAACCCACAGAUCAGCAUACUUGCAGUGGCUGUAGAGAACGAGGUUGUACUCGUCAAUUCUGAAACUGGUCCUGAGGAGGAUGAAGCGAAUUUACUAACUCUGCUGACCGUGGUACAAAAGCCUAAAGCAGUUGAAGAUGAAACUCCAUUGACAAAAUGGAUACAACACGAGGAGUUCAAAGGCAUAAGGUUGAGACAUCACCAUGUGGUGCAUUCAGUUGCUUGGCACUACAAAGGGGACUACAUUGUUACCGUUGCUCCUGAUGCUAACACAAGAGCCGUUCUUGUGCACCAACUAUCAAAGCAGUUGACUCAAAAUCCAUUCCGCAAGCAUCACGGACGUGUCGUAAGUGUGUUAUUCCAUCCCACGAGACCGUUCCUGUUCGUAGCCACCAAGAUACAUGUGCGAGUUUACAACCUCGCCAAGCAGCAACUGUCUAAGAAGUUGUUGACAAGCUUACAUGAGAUAUCUUCUAUGGCUGUUCACCCAGGAGGUGACAAUCUUAUCCUUGGAAGCAAGGAAGCAAAGCUCGCCUGGUUCGACAUGGACUUGUCGACCAAACCUUACAAAAUUUUGAAAAAUCACAGCCGAGAUAUUAGGAGCGUUGCCUACCACAAAAAGUACCCUUUGUUUGCAACGUGCUCCGACGAUUCUACAGCGCAUGUCUUUCACGGAAUGGUGUACUCGGAUCUUUUGCAAAAUCCACUAAUUGUUCCAGUUAAAGUGCUACGCGGGCAUCAAAACGGUAUUUUUGAUUGUGAGUUCCACCCCAAGCAGCCCUGGUUAUUCACAGCAGGAGGCGAUGAAGUAAUCAGGUUGUACUGUAACUAAGGGAAUUUAGUUCGACUAACUCUAAUUUUUUAACGACUUCACAUAUGUGAUUCUCAGCCCAGCAGAAUAGAUUCAUUAGGCCGGCUAAAUUUGCCCAACUACUGAAGUUGGUGAGUCUUGGAGACAAUAGGAUAUGUAAUUUACUCGUGCAGAGCAGGUGUUGCACGGGAGUGUGCACACAAGCACACAAUUGUAUACGAAUUUAUUAAUGUCAACACAUGGGCUUUUUUGAUGA